UACGCCUCCACCACAACCGAUGACGACGAUGUCAUGUCCUUCUACCGGCCGUCAGCAGCCAGCAGCGACUACUCGUCGUUUGCCGCACCCAGCCAGGGUCCCGUCACCUCUCUCGCACACCGCCGCUCGACGCGCAGCAACCGCCGCACCUCGAUUACGGCCCUCGUGACACCUGCCGAGAUUGACUCGGACGACGAGUGGGAUUACAGUGAGACCGAAUGGUGGGGCUGGGUCGUGCUUAUAGCCACCUGGAUUGUCUUUGUUGUGGGAAUGGGCUCUUGCCUCGGCGUUUGGAGCUGGGCGUGGGACGUGGGCGAGACACCAUAUGCACCACCAGACCUCGAAGACGACGCAACCUUGCCAAUCACCGGAUACUAUCCUGCAUUAAUUGUCUGCACCGCUGUCACCAGCUGGGUGUGGGUCGUGGUCGCCUGGGUGGGAAUGAAGUACUUCCGCCAUGCCAAAGUGGGCGUAGAUGGAUAGCCAGCCAGAGUAGACUCGCAAACCCACGAUUAUUGUCUACACUUUGCAUGAACAUACCCAGACCGCCGGGACCGCCUUUCUCUAUUCUGGGCUCUUCGCUUAACCGUUCUGCUGCACGCUUAAUCUGUUCUUUGGGGCUGAAACACUAAUCUAUAGCGCCGCUGUUAAGACGCCUCUCGCAGAACUCGCCUUCUCUUAGCUCGGGACGCUCCUCGACGGCAAUACUCUUAUUUUCUUAUACUAUUGGAACUCUUAGUCGCCCGCAUCGGCAUAGCUUGCUGUCCAAGUGUAGCAAAGGCGCAAAGUCAAGAAGGCAAUAAAAGAAC